AUGAGUGAGGGUUCUAACUCUUUAGAUAAACUCCAAACUUUAUUCGUGGCACUCAUUGAUAGAGAGGAUAGACCGCUCGUGAUUCAUGCGGUGGGUGAUAAAUCAGCAAAACAUGAAAUCAAAUACAAUGUUCUUUCAAAUAUAGCGCUCGAUUAUUUUGGCGAUACAACCAAAAGCACUACAUCGUCUGCACCAAAAUAUCUAUUUGAAAUAGAUGGUAAUGUUAUUUACGGGGAGUACUUACACCAGAAGGGAUUGAAGAUUGUGAUUGGUACUAAUAUACGUGAUGAUGAAGCAGUUUUGCCAUUUUUCCAGAAGGUUAAGGUAUUCUAUUUGAAAAGCGUUAUAAACCCCUUCAAUGAUGACUUCACUGAGCAAAUAAGGCGUAAUAUAGAUAGUUUGGGUUUGGAACCGAACUAG